GCAUAGAAAAGGAACUAUUGAGUACUAAUUAUUAACGAAGGCAGAAGUACAAGAUCGCGACUAAAUCAGAGAAGAAAAAUUUUAGUGCGAGUGUAUUGCCGAUGUAACAGGCAAUUUAAGUAGAAGGUGGAAGUGCAUUGAUAAAUACAAUAUUGACGACCUGUAGAACGACACCUGCUUUACUCGAAACGAGAGACGAGGACACGGUGACGGCGGGGGCGGCCAUACUCAAACAACCGCCGACCGAAGUGCGCGGCAUAGCGCAGAAAUGAAACGAUAAUAAACUGUAUUAUAUCGUUCGUAAACCCGGGGAAACGGUAACGGGUGUAAGUGCCUCCAUUAAAACAUAUAGGAAAAAAUUACAAAAGGAAGUAAAAACGGAAGUGUGGGAAGUGUGAAGAAAGAGGAAAGCGGCCCGACGAAUCGAGGCGCACGGAACGGUAUGAGUGCAAAGACAGACGUGAACAGGCGGGUCCUAGCGAUUCAGGCCAAAAAAAAAAGGCACAAGCCAAGCAAACGAAAAGGAAAAGCAAAUAUUCAAGAUGAAUCAGAAACAUCAGGAGCUCAAUGUUCAAAGGCAUCGACUACUCAACAAGGACAAGGAUCGAGUUUCUAUCAGGAUGCUUCUGCACAAAGACCAUAUUCCAGUGAUAAUGGAAAUAGAUUGGAACCAUGUCAUAGCUCAAGUAACGAAACAAUGGAAGAUGGUGAUGAAGUAUACAGUAGUGAAGAUGAAGAACAAGAAGACAGCAGUGAUUAUUGCAAAGGAGGAUAUCAUCCUGUUAAAAUAGGAGAUUUAUUCUUAAAUCGCUAUCAUGUAACUCGUAAGCUUGGUUGGGGUCAUUUUUCAACAGUCUGGCUUUGUUGGGAUUUACAGGAUAAACGAUUUGUAGCACUUAAAGUGGUCAAAUCUGCAUCUCAUUUUACUGAAACUGCAUUGGAUGAAAUUAAAUUAUUAAAAGAUGUACGUGAUACAGAUCCUAGUGAUCCUAAGCGUAAUAAAACCGUCCAGUUACUCAAUGACUUCAAGAUUAGUGGCAUUAAUGGUUUGCAUGUUUGUAUGGUAUUUGAAGUUCUUGGACAUAAUCUUCUUAAAUUGAUUAUCAAAUCUAACUAUAGAGGAAUUCCAAGAAAUAAUGUUAAACGUAUCAUUAGACAAGUUCUUGAAGGUCUUGAUUAUCUACAUAAUAAAUGUAAAAUUAUUCAUACAGAUAUUAAACCUGAAAAUGUUCUUGUUUGUGUUGAUGAAGCUUAUAUAAGAAAAUUAGCUUGUGAAGCAACAGAAUUACAUUCACUUGGAAUGAAAUUGCCAGUAUCUUUGAUUUCAACUGCACCAAAGGAAUUCCAAGAACCCACUCCUAAUUCUAAAAUGUCAAAAAAUAAGAAAAAAAAACUUAAGAAGAAAGCAAAACGUCAAAAUGAAUUAUUAAAGAAACAAAUGGAACAAAUAGAAGAACUUGAAGAACAAGAUAAACUUGCAAAUAGCACAAGAGCAAAUGGAGAAUUAGAAACAAAUAGUCCAGAUCAAGAUAUAAACACAGAAAGUAUAGAUGAUAAUACCGAAAGUAAAGGUUCACCUGACAUUUCAGAACCAUCUGCACCUUCAUUGCAUAUAAAUGGUGUAGAUAGUUUAACGGUUGAAGAAAAAAUAGAAAAUCAAAUACCUCAACAAUCAGAAAAGAUGGAAAAUGCAAAUUCAUGCGAUGUAGAAAAAAAUUGUGGUGAAGCAAUACAUUCACCUGAUCAUGAAGAUACAGAUGAAUGUAGUGAAGGCCGCAAUUUACAUCCACCUGAAAGUAAACAAUUAAAAAGAGCAUGUGUAGCUCCUUUAGAUCCUGCCCUAGUAGAAUGUGAUGUUGAAGUGAAAAUAGCAGAUCUUGGUAAUGCAUGUUGGGUCCAUAAAAAAUUUACAGAUGAUAUUCAAACUCGUCAAUAUAGAUCAUUAGAAGUGUUAUUAGGAUCUGGAUAUGAUACAUCUGCAGAUAUAUGGUCAACUGCCUGCAUGGCAUUUGAAUUAGCAACUGGUGAUUAUCUUUUUGAGCCACAUAGUGGUAAUUAUUAUUGCAGAGAUGAAGAUCAUUUAGCACACAUUAUUGAAUUGCUUGGAGAAAUACCAAGACACAUUGCUCUUUCUGGCAAAAACUCAAAAAUGUAUUUCAAUAAGAAAGGUGAAUUGAAACGAAUUACUGGAUUAAAACCUUGGGGACUGUACGAGGUGCUUACAGAAAAAUAUGACUGGUCACCAAGAGAAGCGCGCGAGUUUGAAGAGUUCCUAACUCCGAUGCUCGAGUUUGACCCGAGUACGCGAGCUACAGCAGCAGAGUGCCUGAAGCAUCCAUGGCUGCAAAUUAAAAAGUGAUCAUGUUUUUUAUCGUUUUAUCUUUAAAUUCUUCAACUCUAUACUUCUACCAUCCUGACGUAAUUAUAAGUCGAGAGUGUAACAAGAGAUAAUGAUCAGCAAUGGCCAGGUUCUUUCAUCUUAUAUAUAUUGUUUUAUUUUUGCAUAAUGAAUGUAUUAUCACUAAAAACGCACAGUAAAAAUUAUUCAAUAUAAAAUAUUAUAUAUAUGUAUAAUAUUAUUUUAUAAUAAUAUUAUAAUAUAUUAUAAUAUUUAAUAUUAUAGGAUGCAAAAUUAUUAAAAAUGUAUCUUAUAAAUUAUAAUUUAGAAUUGUUUUUUAUCUUUUUUAUCUGUUAAUAAUUUUAUGAUUAUCAUUUAUGUCUAUUAUUGUGAUUAAUUUUAUACAGUAAAUAGGAGUUAUCUAAUACCAAAACAAUUGGAAAAGAAAGAACUUGCUACAUUCCACCAAAUUCCAAUAUUUGCAGUAGUUGAAUAUGCUUCUAAUUGUAACACUCUCGACGAUGGCUGCCUACUUGUGUAUUUAUAAAUUUGUUAAAACAUGUUUUUCAUUUAGUGAUGCUAUCUUAAAUUAAAAUUUCGUAGUACUUUAUUAUUUUACAUGGUCAUCGUUAUAUUAUCCUUUAUAUUACUACUUGUCACUUAAUUUAUCAAAUAUCCCAAGAGUCAUGGGACCUACUCAUAAUGUACUUUAGGAAAGGGCAGGCCCAUUGUUAUGCUAUAAUGAAUAUUAAAAUUUUCAUUAAAA